GUGCGUUUGUUGGCUUCAGAGUUGGAGGGCGGUGCCCAGGACCUUGGUGGGUGAGUGUCAGCGCUGCAUGAGGAGGGGCGGGAAGCGCUAGUGGGAGGCGAGGCGUAGGCAGAGGAACCUCCUGCAGAGCUCCCUUCCAAAGUGAGCAGUGCCUCAGCACAGAUAGCGCUCCUGGGGGCGGACACCCGACACCCUCAACCGGCCAUGGCGCGCCCCCAGAGCCCGCGACCAGCGCUGCCUGUGUUUCUCCUACUGUUGCUGUUGCCACUGCCGCUUGGAGCUGGGAACCCCAUUCCCACAGAGGGCCGGUUCAUGAACAGCUGUAUCCAGGCCAGGAAGAAGUGCCAGGCUGAUCCCAUUUGUGGAGCUGCCUACCACCAUCUGAAUUCCUGCAUCUCUAAUAACAGCACCCCGUUGUCCCCAGAGGAGCUGUCUGUCCCUGCAGAUUGCCUGGAGACAGCACAGCAUCUCAGAAAUAGCUCUCUGAUGAGCUGUACAUGCCACCGGCGCAUGAAGAAUCAAGCUGCCUGCCUGGACAUCUAUUGGACUGUUCACCGUGCCCGCAGCCUUGGUGACUAUGAACUGGAUAUCUCCCCCUAUGAAGACACGGUGACCAGAAAACCCUGGAAAAUGAACCUCAGCAAACUGAACAUGCUCAAACCAGACUCGGAUCUUUGCCUCAAGUUCGCCAUGUUGUGCACUCUUAAUGACAAAUGUGACCGGCUGCGCAAGGCCUAUGCAGAGGCGUGUUCCGGCUCCCGCUGUCAGCGCCACUCCUGCUUGCAGCAGUUACGCACCUUCUUCGAGAAGGCCCCGGAGCAUCUUGCAGAGGGCCUACUGCUGUGCCCUUGUGCACCUGAAGACCAGGGCUGCGGCCAGCGCCGGCGCAACACCAUCGCCCCCAGCUGCGCGCUGCCCUCUGGGGUCCCCAACUGCCUAGAUCUGCGUCACCUUUGCCUCUCAGAUUCACUGUGCAGGUCACGCUUGGUGGAUUUUCAGACUCAUUGCCACCCCAUGGACAUCCUAGGGACCUGUGCAACAGAGCCGUCCAGAUGUCUGCGUGCAUACAUGGGGCUGAUUGGGACCGUCAUGACCCCUAACUUUGUCAGCAGUGUCAAUACCAGUGUGGCUUUAAGCUGCACCUGCAGGGGCAAUGGCAACUUACAGGAGGACUGUGAGCAACUAGAAGGGUCCUUCUCCAACAACCCCUGCCUCAUGGAGGCCAUUGCAGCUCAGAUGCGUUCUCACAGCCAACUUUUCUCCCAGGACUGGGCAGACUCUACAUUUUCCGUGAUGGAACGCCAGAAUAAAAACACUGCUCUGAGGCUACAGCCCUGGGUGAUCUCUCCUUUCUCCUGCAUACUUACCUGGAUUCUUCUCCUGAGCCUCUGGUAGCCGUACUUCCCUGGGGGCCCUUUUUCCCUUCUAUCAUACCCAAUCUGACUUGCAGUCUGCAAGGGAGGAGGAAAGGGAAGCAUUAGGAAUGAGGUGCAGUAUACAACGUGGUAACUCUAGCACUACCCCGCAGGUCUAGGACUCCAUAUGAGGCCACAGUAGAAGCCAGUUGGCUGAGUCCCCACUUCCUCUGUUCCUCCUUUCUUUUCUGAUGCAGGCUACUUCUCAUCAGGACUUGGUGACCAUAAUUUAACCACAUCUUUGGGUGUUGACCAGCUCUACCCAUCUCUUUCCUGAUCCUUUCCUAAUCCUUUCCUCCUGCCCACCAGGAUCAACAGUCAUUCCCUACUGCAUUCGCCAAAUAGGUGGUGCUGGGUAUUUUGAGGUAGUCUAGAAAGACAUUUUCCAUUAAAGAAGAAGUAGCAAGACUCCUGUCCCCUUAUCUUCUCUGAAUGGGUGAUGGGAACCAGCUGCCUGCCCUGGGGUCUUGCUAAACAUUUGAGCAUCAGGAACCUGAGAAUUUGGGCCUUGCUUUCUUCCUGCUACUGCCUGAAAAGACUUCCCAGUCUCUCGGAUCAUUAAACAUUUUGUUUAAAACUUUGCUCUUA